UGGGGGGGUGUCCGGGCCUGCGGGGUCGAGGCCGCUGGGUGGCGCUCUCAGGGUCCCCCCGACUCGCGACGGACGCCGCGGUGGCCAUGGCCGCCCAGCAUCUGCUGCUGUGUCUCACGGCCAGCGGAGGUGUCCCUCUGUUCACUCGGACCCAGGGACACGUGAAGCAGCUCCCUUUCUCGGUGAUCGGCUCCCUCAACGGCGUUCACAUGUUCGGCAGCAACCAGGGAGCGCUGCUGUCCAGCACCGCCCUCGACGACGGCACGCUCACCUGGAGGGUCUUCCACGAUAGCAUCACCCUGAUCCUGGUGACGACGGGCGGAGAGCGCGGCGGAGAGGCCUUCCUGCACCGCCUGCUGGAGAACGUUUUCGGCGCGCUGGUGCUGAUGAUCGGCCUGGAUGAGCUGGUGAACAUCAGGAACGUGGAGCGGCUGAAGAGGGACCUCAAGGCGUGCUACCAGCUGGUGGACAGCCUGCUGGGCACGUCGGAGCUCGCCGUCGAACUCACGGGGAGCCCGGACUGCCUGCUGUGCCCCGACAACGACAUCCUGCGGGAGUGCCUGGAGGCGUUCACGGCGGGCGUGGACAGCGCGUUUGGCUGCCUGCUGGCACGGGGCCGCGUGUGCGUCGCCACGGAGCGCUGGUGGCAGCUGGCGCCCCAGGAGGGGAGCUGUUGGGGCGCCUCGGAGCGCCUGCCCCCCGCUUCGUCACGCGACGUGCCAGUCUACCUGCCCCACGCAGCCCCACCCCAGGUCCCUCACCGCCUGCUCACGUUCCGCCUGCUGCCGGGCCUGGAGCUGUGCGUCCUCUGUGGGCCCCAGCCCACGCUGCAGGACAUCCAGAGCACGCAACUGGUGGAGCGCUUCUGGCGGCCGGUGCUGGAGCCGCUGAGGACCUGCGUGGUGCUGGCACCUCACGCGUUCCACUCCACCACACCGCUGCACGGCGCAAUCCUGGGGCUCCUCCUCGUGAACACGGAGCUGAAGCGCAGCCUCUUCACGGUGGCAGCCGCAAGUGGCAGAGGACGGUGGGGUCGUGAGUGCGGGGUGGAUGGAGGGAGAAGGAUUCCGAUGGAGCGCCGCAGGAGCAUUCUGAAGGCGUUCUACAGGCUGGCCGUCACCAACUACUUCUCCCAGGGCGCCACGCGCGUCACGGGCAGCGAAGCCGUCCCCCUGGUGGAGGACUUCCAGCGGGGCUUUGCCCACAGCGCCACCGAGUGCUACGUGAGUGCCGACGGGCACCGGUGCUACGGGCUGCAGGCGCCGCCGCGCCAGCUCUUCCUGCUGCUCGGCGACGUGCCCACACUGGCGCUGCGGCCCAUCAGCCGCGCCACCCUACAGGCGCUCACCAAGCUGCUGUAGGACACCAGACUGCACCACCCUACAGGCGCUCACCAAAGCUGCUGUAGGGCACCAGACUGCACCACCCUACAGGCGCUCACCAAGCUGCUGUAGGACACCAGACUGCACCACCCUACAGGCGCUCACCAAGCUGCUGUAGGACACCAGACAGCACCACCCUACAGGCCUCACCAUGCUGCUGUAGGACACCAGACUGCACCACCCUACAGGCGCUCACCAAGCUGCUGUAGGACACCAGACAGCACCACCCUACAGGCCUCACCAAAGCUGCUGUAGGGCACCAGACUGCACCACCCUACAGGCGCUCACCAAAGCUGCUGUAGGACACCAGACAGCACCACCCUACAGGCGCUCACCAAGCUGCUGUAGGGCACCAGACUGCACCACCCUACAGGCCUCACCAUGCUGCUGUAGGACACCAGACUGCACACCCUACAGGCGCUCACCAAGCUGCUGUAGGACACCAGACUGCACCACCCUACAGGCGCUCACCAAGCUGCUGUAGGACACCAGACUGCACCACCCUACAGGCGCUGCUGUAGGACACCAGACUGCACCACCCUACAGGCGCUCACCAAGCUGCUGUAAGACACCAGACUGCACCACCCUACAGGCGCUCACCAAGCUGCUGUAGGACACCAGACUGCACCACCCUACAGGCGCUGCUGUAGGACACCAGACUGCACCACCCUACAGGCGCUCACCAAGCUGCUGUAGGACACCAGACUGCACCACCCUACAGGCCUCACCAUGCUGCUGUAGGACACCAGACUGCACCACCCUACAGGCGCUCACCAAGCUGCUGUAGGACACCAGACAGCACCACCCUACAGGCCUCACCAAAGCUGCUGUAGGGCACCAGACUGCACCACCCUACAGGCGCUCACCAAAGCUGCUGUAGGACACCAGACAGCACCACCCUACAGGCGCUCACCAAGCUGCUGUAGGGCACCAGACUGCACCACCCUACAGGCCUCACCAUGCUGCUGUAGGACACCAGACUGCACCACCCUACAGGCGCUCACCAAGCUGCUGUAGGACACCAGACCUGCACCACCCUACAGGCGCUCACCAAGCUGCUGUAGGACACCAGACUGCAC